AUGGCACGGGACACGCCGGAUGAAUCAGUUCCGCUGGAGUUGAUUAUACCGGGAAAUAAUACAAAAAGAGGAUCGUUGGUCAGUAGUCGGUUUGUCGAUUUGGAUACUGCAGAAGGAUUGUCCAACGGCCAUUCGAACGGCCCAGUCCAUAAGCCAUUGAAACUGAAGAAUCUCAUAUCUAAAGGGGAAGCUUUCGACACCUUGCAUCAGAACUCCAAUAAGGUAAGAAAUAUAUGGUUGCGAUUACCAUUAUCGUCUAAAACGAACAGUUUACAUACACGGGUCCUAUUCAUAUCAACUUGAAAAUAAGGGUGUCUAGUCGUAUUUAGAUAAAUACAGAGAAAUACAUUUGAUUUUUUUUGAUAAUGAUCGUAAACUUAAAAACUUAUUCAUAAAUUCAUAAGUUUGUGCAGCUUUCGAUAUCAAUCUAUAUUUCAUUAUAUCCGAGAACUCAGUGUAUUUACGCGCCCAAACGAUUGCGUUUUAAUUAUUGAAACGAAAAAACCAUCCGGAUUUCAACAAUGUUCGUGUGAAUGAAAAGUCAUUCACCACUUUACACGUGGCAGCGAGUGACUGUGAAAAAAAAAACUACAAUUGCUACAUCUGACUUAUCUGCCGACAGGAUUAAACGUUCAAAAGCCAACUCAUCUCGAGAGCUGCUGUGCGAACCCCAUUGUUAG